CAUGCAGGUUGAAGAAUCGUAUGCCGGCACCAGACUGCUGCAGACAGCUCCGUUAAGCAGCUCCCGUAAACAUCGACCAAAGGUCCUAACAGAGCAAUUGGCCCGAGACCCGGCCGACAUAGCAACAACCUUUUUGCUAGAUCUCGUGUCUUGGAAUCACACGGCGCCUACGCUUCCCCUCGGAGUCAACCACAUUCGAACGACGAAACAACCCCCCCCCUGCGCGCGCCAUGUUUCCAACCCUCCUGAUGUAAUCCAGCACAUAUCUCACUUCUCAAAUAUGUUGGUUCUGGCCGAUACCUCCCCGCGAUACCAAUUCCCUUGCCGGCAUCGCACCGACGCGACACCACUCUUAGAGCCGCCGAGACCUUUACCAUAGGCACCCAAGUCCUUGCGAUAAGGAAAUGCCCGGGUUACCAGCAUCGGUGGACCUGGACGAGUGCAUCUCGCGCCUUUACAAAAAAGAGCUCCUGGCCGAGUCCGUCAUUGAGGCAAUAUGCGCCAAGACCAAGGAGCUGCUGAUGCGCGAGAGCAAUGUCGUCCACGUCCGCGCUCCCGUCACCGUCGUCGGUGAUAUUCAUGGGCAGUUCUUCGACCUGAUCGAGAUUUUCAAGAUUGGCGGCUGGUGCCCAGACACAAACUAUCUUUUCCUCGGCGAUUACGUUGAUCGCGGCAUGUUCAGCGUGGAAACGAUUUCUCUCCUUGUCUGUCUGAAACUAAGAUACCCAAACCGAGUCCAUUUGAUCCGAGGCAACCAUGAAUCCCGCGGCGUCACCCAGUCGUACGGCUUCUAUACCGAGUGUUCCAGAAAGUACGGCAACGCCAACGUCUGGCAUCACUUUACCGACAUGUUUGACUUUUUGACUCUGAGCGUCGUAAUUAAUGAUCAAAUAUUUUGCGUUCACGGCGGCCUCUCACCCUCGAUACACUCCAUCGAUCAGAUUAAGAUCAUCGACCGCUUCCGAGAGAUCCCGCACGAAGGCCCCAUGGCCGACCUAGUUUGGUCCGACCCAGACCCGGAGCGUGACGAGUUCAGCCUCUCGCCGCGAGGGGCGGGCUACACCUUUGGCGCGCAGGUGGUCAAGAAGUUCCUGUCGGUCAACAACAUGUCGCACAUUCUGCGCGCCCACCAGCUCUGCCAGGAGGGCUACCAGGUGCUCUACGACGACCGGCUGAGCACCGUCUGGAGCGCGCCCAACUACUGCUACCGCUGCGGUAACAUGGCCAGCGUGCUCGAGGUUAGUGACAUGGGAGAGCGCUACUUCAACGUCUUCGCCGCCGCACCCGAGAACGACCAGCAUAAGGACAUUCAGCCGGGCGGCGAGAAGGCCGCGGACGCCAACACGCUGCCAGACUAUUUUCUGUAAGCCUCAAGGGCUCUCUAGCACAUGGGAGCGAACAGACGUGCUAUUGGGAAUGUCAGGAGGUUGCUGGGCAAAUAUUUUCAAGCCAACUUCCACUGUUUUUGUUCUCUACUUAUGGGCCUUUUUUCUCUCUUUCUUUGGAACGCAGAUAUGACAAAAUUGGGCACGUUGCCAACUACUCUGUUCUCGGGGCGGCUGGCUAGACUGACGCCAGUUUUGGCGCCAUGAUGACAUGUAACACUAAUGAAGCAAGGUUGACGGGCGGAUAUGGGAAGCCUCGUCGAUAUAACCUAUUUUUUUUUUAUCUCCUAGGUGUUCUUUCGUUGUCGAAAAGGCACCAAGCAAGCAAACAAAGAAACAACGAAGAAGCAGAAGGCGAAGGAAAAUGUCAUUAUAUCCGCGGACAGCCCUGGCCAUUGAGCCGUCAGCGCAGGCGGGAGCUCGCUGCCUGUAAGCCGAGCCGAGCCGGCCCAGAGCAAAACCGUAUCUCUCAAAAGGCUUCCCCUCCCCUAGCCCUAUGUUUAUUUUUCUUCCCCCAUAGCAUCGAUCUCUCCCGAUAGCGCAUACGCCAUCUGAUUCCUUGUG